AUGACUGCAACCAAAGAAAAGACGAAAGAGGCUCUGGUCAACGGCUCUGAACUCAAGGAUCAGGCCGACCAGCGACCUCCCUCAUACGAGAAUGACGAGCACAAGCUAUUUCUCGCGUUGCCCAAGCUCAACCUUGGUCAGCCCACGGAUAUCAACAGUAUUGUAACCACGAAUACUGUUACUCGCGACCAGUGCGUCGCGCACCUCAAAUUUCUUGCUGUCUUAGCAGAUCUACGAGACUCUAUCUCAAGCCAAGAUGGCCUCUUCGGUCUCUUCGACUCUCAGGCCGAAAAAUUUGCUGAGGAGGCUGCGCUAGCAAAGGCUCGUAUUCGUGAGAAGCGCUGGGCUGUCUACGUGGCCCGUGCAGUAGACCGGUAUGAGAAGUGGUGGUUUGCCGCCCUGCCUCAAUCUCGGCCAUUUGCGACGAUGGCAGAUCAGGAGAGCACGAGAUAUGAGGAAAUCACAGACUGUGAGAUGAUGAUUCUAUGGGAUUCGAACAAUCUGCCCCCAAUCGAUAUCUUGAUGGUCUGGCAUUCUCACAUGCUUAAUCCAAGGAAUUUCCUGGAGGACUGCGUUCGUUGUGGCAAGAUGAGUAUCUGGAGAACAGGUUUCCCAUUUGAAGCUGUCAACCAAUGCAUCGAUGACCGUACCUUGGAGUAUGCCCCGAGCGAGGCUAGCCAACAGAAGUUUGAGAAACAGAUAAAAGUCAAAUGGGAUGGUCUACAUGAUCCCCCAACCAAGGACCUUGAGUGCCCGUCCUGCAAAAAGACAACCCCAGUCUUGUGGACCAAUGGCGAAAUAAACUCAUCACUCGACAAUGCAUUCGCAGAAAGCACCGGCUUUUCUGACAAGAGCUUUGCAAUCACCUGCCAGCACUGCCUCCUCGCAAUCGAUCACGGCGUACUUAGGGUUGCCAAGUUCCGAUUUGACCUACUCGAAUUGAUGGAACACGAUCUUCCCAUGCCAGGAACGCUAUUGAAUAUAAAUGGAGUCGCAGAAGGCCCCGUGAAGCGGCCCUAUAUUGCCCAUCAAGCAAUGAUGUUCCCUAGCAAGUUGAUGCGAGCCUGCGGAAAGGACUUGGCAGCAUAUACCGAUGCCAGAGUAAACCGGUGCCGAAACAUCGAUGACCUCCGCAGUCAACUGGAGCUCAAGCUCCGUGACAGGAAGGCCCUGGCAGCAACCUACGCUCGACACGGAGCCAGCGUCCGACCAGGCGAGAAAGUACACUUCCGACGCAUGAUGUCCCGAUACUGGGACAACUCCAGCCCAUUCGCCCUCGACCUAGUCGGCGCUGUGAUCCGCCAAGGCACAUUCGUCCUAAAAAUGGAAAACAUCGACUGGCUCCACUCGCCAACAGUCAUGGACACAGCCGAUCGUCUAAUCAACAAGUACAAUGUAUUCCUCAACAUUAUGCUCGCAAACCCCAAAGAAAUGGCCGUCCCAACGCUAGAUGUCGAUCUAGCCUGGCACACGCACCAGCUCCAACCAAGCCAGUACUACAAGUAUACAACAAGUCGCUCAAUCGGUGGAAUCCGCCGCUUCAUCGACCACGAUGAUAAAGUCGACGAAAACAGACUUUCGGAUGCAUUCCAAUGGACUAGUAAGAUGUACCGCCGUGCUACUAACGGCGGCAUCUACAGCGAAUGUACAUGCUGGUACUGCGAAGCGACCCGCGCACCAGAUCUAUACGACCGCAUGUUCAAUAUCGGCUCUUCGUCUCGCGCACGCGAUACAGCAGAUGCUUUACACGACCGCGCAGAUAUAUCCUCAGACCCGGAUAAGAAUCCUCAUAUAUCAGCGCAUAAUGCUGUCCGUACGGCUCACUCGGAUACAGCCGCUGCCGUCAAGGCUAAUAUCCAGCGUAUGCGUCUGCACCGGAACUACGAGAAAGCCGUUCGGCGGGCUGAGAAACAGGGUCGCCCGCGUUCGGAUUCGCGGACUACUCGCGAUGGUAGAUAUGAGCCUAUGUUCUAUGCGCCUUAUGUCUGGGGUUAUCCUAUGUACGUUCCCUUCUAUGGACCGUACAUGUGUGAUCCUGGUAUCAGUGCUAGCUCUUAUCCUUGUAACCCGGGCUGUAUGAGUACUGCGUCGGGAGCCACGGGAAAUUGUUGCUCGGGCACUUGUGGUGGUGGUGUUGCAGCGGGAGCAUGUGGUGGUGCUGGUACUGGGGCUUGCUCUGGAGGAGGAGCUGCUUGUGGCGGCGGCGGCGGCGGUGGCUGUGGAGGAGGUGGUGGAGGAGGCGGUUGUGGUGGAGGAGGUGGUGGUGGAGGUGGAGGCUGUGGAGGUGGUGGUGGCUGA